CAAGCCUGGAAAGUAAAGCACAGGAUUACUGGAGCCCGCCAGGACCCUCGGAGCGCAGGAAGAGGGCUGCCGUUUAACCCCUCGCUCCCCCUCUCCCCUCCCAGAGAGCCGAUUGGCUGGUGGGUGGAUUGCUGAGUUUGGGUUUUCUUCCCCAGGACAGACGGGUUUGAGACGGGGCUCCACACAGUCUCUCCAGUGGGGGAUGUUCAGGGACCAGCCUGCCAGCUCCAGGAAUCAGCCACGCACUCUGGGAGAAGCUCUAUGCUGUCGCCUCUCUACGCGGACGGCUCAGUGAUCGUCGACAGAGCUUCACGUUCAUGGAUGAGCAGCAGACAGCAGACUCGCCGGCCGAGGCAGAAGGAGCUCCACCACCAACACCACCAACACCAUCAACACCAACACAACCACCUGCGCCAACAGCACCGCGCCCUUCCGACCACCGGGGGCAGCCUCCUGGCUCCUCCCAGCUACUACCACGCGGUGUUCGACGUGAGGGUGGAGUCCAGCCGCGACUCCGGUUUCUCCUUCGCCGGCGAUGGGCCCCCUCCCCCCGGCACCCGCCUCGCCCCCGCCAGCCUCUACCUGCACAUGAGCGCUGACGGCUCGGAGGCGCCCCCUGUCUACCGCCGCAGGGGCGGCGUGGUGGACCACCGCGAUGUCAUCAAGGCUCACGAGGCGCACAAGAUCCAGAGCACCCCACAGGCGCUGCGCAAGGAGUGGGAAAUGGCGAGGUUUGGAGACGAGGUGCCGGCCAGGUAUGGAGGCGUCCCCGGGCAAGGGGGUCCCGGACGCGGCGGGAGCAGACAGGGCGGCCCGCCCGGCGCCCAGAGGAUGUACAAGCAGUCGAUGGCACAGCGAGCCCGGACCAUGGCCCUUUACAACCCGAUCCCGGUCCGACAGAACUGCCUCACCGUCAACCGGUCCCUGUUUCUGUUCAGCGAGGAUAACCUGGUGAGAAAAUACGCGAAAAAAAUCACCGAAUGGCCUCCUUUUGAAUAUCUGAUUUUAGCCACUAUCAUUGCAAACUGUAUAGUAUUAGCCUUGGAGCAGCAUCUGCCCGACGGAGACAAGACGCCCAUGUCAGAGCGCCUGGAUGACACUGAACCGUAUUUCAUUGCGAUCUUUUGCUUUGAGUCUGGAAUUAAAAUCCUGGCUCUGGGAUUCGCGUUGCACAAGGGAUCCUACCUGCGGAACGGCUGGAACAUCAUGGACUUCGUGGUCGUUUGCACAGGCAUCCUGGCGACGGCGGGCUCGGACUUUGACCUGCGAACUCUGCGGGCAGUGCGAGUGCUGCGGCCCCUCAAGCUUGUGUCAGGAAUCCCGAGUUUACAAGUGGUUCUCAAGUCCAUCAUGAAGGCCAUGAUCCCUCUGCUGCAGAUCGGGCUGCUCCUGUUCUUUGCUAUCCUCAUGUUCGCCAUCAUCGGGCUGGAGUUCUACAUGGGCAAGUUUCACACCACCUGCUUCGACAUCUUCACAAGGGAGAGGCGAGAGGACUACCCCUGCGGGAAGGAGCUCCCGUCCCGGCUGUGUCCCAACGGGACAGAGUGCCGAGGGUACUGGAUCGGACCCAACUACGGCAUUACCCAGUUCGACAACAUCCUGUUCGCUGUGCUCACCGUCUUCCAGUGCAUCACCAUGGAGGGCUGGACCGACCUUCUCUACUAUAGCAAUGACGCCUCAGGGAAUGCCUGGAACUGGUUAUACUUCAUCCCGCUCAUCAUCAUCGGCUCCUUCUUCAUGCUGAAUCUGGUGCUGGGUGUCCUGUCUGGGGAGUUUGCCAAAGAGAGGGAGAGGGUUGAGAACAGGAGCGAGUUCCUGAAACUGCGGCGGCAGCAGCAGAUCGAGAGGGAGCUCAACGGCUACCUGGAGUGGAUCUGUAAAGCAGAAGAAGUGAUCCUGGCUGAGGAUGAGACGGACCCGGAUGAUAGGAUGCCCUUUGAUGGCUCUCGGAGGAGACCCACGAUCAAGAAGAGUAAGACUGAUCUGCUGAACCCCGAGGAGGGAGAGGAUCACCUGGGGGACAUUCCCUCUGUCGGCUCUCCGUUUGCCCGGGCCAGUAUUAAAAGCGUCAAGCUAGAGGGCUCCACCCCGUUCAACAAGAAGGAGCGACGGCUGAGGUUCUUUGUUCGCCGCGUGGUCAAAACUCAGGCCUUUUACUGGACUGUGCUGAGUCUGGUCGGCCUCAACACUAUGUGUGUAGCCAUCGUGCAUUACAACCAGCCAGACCUGCUCUCAGAUUUCCUGUACUUUGCAGAAUUUAUUUUCUUAGGACUCUUUAUGUCCGAAAUGUUUAUAAAAAUGUACGGACUGGGGACCAGGCCUUACUUUCACUCCUCUUUCAACUGCUUCGACUGUGCAGUUAUAAUAGGCAGUAUUUUUGAAGUUAUGUGGGCAGUAGUGCAGCCCGGAACCUCCUUCGGAAUCAGUGUUUUACGAGCUCUCAGGUUAUUGAGGAUUUUCAAAGUUACAAAGUACUGGGCGUCUCUGCGUAACCUGGUAGUGUCUCUGCUCAGCUCCAUGAAGUCCAUCAUCAGUCUGCUCUUCCUGCUCUUCCUCUUCAUUGUGGUCUUCGCUCUGCUGGGCAUGCAGCUCUUUGGGGGCCAGUUUAAUUUCGAUAGCGGCACACCAUCCACCAACUUCGACACCUUCCCUGCAGCAAUAAUGACUGUGUUCCAGGUCCUGACGGGAGAGGACUGGAACAUGGUGAUGUACGACGGGAUCGAGUCUCAGGGAGGAGUCAACAAGGGCAUGGUCUUCUCCAUCUACUUCAUCGUGCUCACUCUCUUCGGGAACUACACCCUGCUCAACGUAUUCUUGGCCAUCGCUGUCGACAAUCUGGCCAAUGCACAGGAGCUAACCAAGGAUGAGCAGGAGGAAGAGGAGGCCACUAGCAAGAAAAAUGCGCUUCAGAAAGCCAAGGAGGUGGCGGAAGUGAGUCCUCUGUCUGCAGCCAACCUCUCCAUCGCAGCAGUGACAGUAAACACUGAGGUCCUGCACGGUACAGAAAGCUUACUGGACCGGAAGGAGCAGCAGAAGAACAUGAAGGGGGGAAAGUCGGUGUGGGAGCAGCGCACCAGCGAGAUCCGCAAGCAGAACCUGAUGGCCAGCAGGGAGGCGCUGUACAACGAGCUGGAACCCGAGGACCGCUGGAAGGCGCAGGUAUCGUACUCACGGCACAUCCGCCCUGACAUGAAGACGCACCUGGACCGCCCCCUGGUGGUGGACCCACAGGAGAACCGCAACAACAACACCAACAAGACACGUCCGAGCGACCCUGCGGGAGAGCAGCGGCUGAGCCAGCAGCGCGCAGAGGAGUUCCUGAGGAAGCAGGCGCGCUACCACGAGCGGCCACAGGGGGGUGGUGGUGGCGGCGGGGGCAACCGGCCCUACGAGCGUGCAGACUCCAGCGAGACCAGGAGGGGCCAGCGCAGCAGCAGCAAGGAGCCCGACCCCAGCCAGCACGCAGACAUGCACCGCGGACACAACCAGGACUGCAUGGACCCCAGGGAGGGAGGGGGUGGGGGAGGAGAGCGCAACAGGGACCCCCACCGGCGCCACCAGCACAGGCAGCCUGGCCGCAGCAAGGAGGGGCGCAGCGUGUCCCCCCGCGGAGACGGGCUGAGCGAGCACCGCCGGCCCAAGCCUCCUCACCGCUGGCCUGGGGAGGAGGAGGAGGGGACAGGGGGGGGAGGCAGGGGCUCCGGAGGGGGGGACAGGAGAGGGGGGAGGCACAGAGGAGGGGGAGAGGGAGGCGGAGGGAACAGGGGCAUUAACCGGCAGGACACGGGAGAUAGCGAGCAGCCUGACAGUGUGGACCGGAGGAGGAGGCAUCGGCAAGCAGCCCAGUCCACCUACGAGACGGAGGGCAAGAGAGAGGGAGAGCGCAGGCACCGGCGCAGGAAAGAGGGGCAGGGUAACGGUCCCUCCUCGGGUCCAAACCUGUCCACCACGCGGCCCAUCCAGCAGGACCUGUCCCGGCAGGACAGCCAGCAGCACCCGGAGGACAUCGACAACAUGAAGAACAACAAGCUGGCCACGCAGCCCCCCAACUCCCGGAGCCUUGGCAACAACACCACCGCCGCGCCACAGAGCCCUGCCCGACUGGCAAACCACAGCAACCCCAACCCCAACCCCAACAACACCACCAACCCCAACCCUAACCCCAAUGCGCCCAACAACGUGCUCAACCGCAAGGCACCAGGGGGCAACCCGCCAGGGGGCAACCCGCACAAGCCCCCCGAGAACAGCUUGAUCCUCACCAACCCCAGCUCCACCCCCACCAACAACCCGGCCAAGACCAACAGCAAGAAGCCCGAGCACACCGCCGUGGACAUCCCACCAGCCUUCCCCAAGGAGAACGCCACUCUGCAGGUGAACAAGAACGCAAACACCGAGCCGCUGCCCAAGAAGGAGGAGGAGAAGAAGGAGGAGGAAGAGGAGUUUGAGAAGCAAGGGGGCGACGGGCCCAAACCAAUGCCUCCCUACAGCUCCAUGUUCAUCCUCUCCACCACCAACCCGUUCCGCAGGCUGUGCCACUACAUCGUCACGCUGCGCUACUUCGAGAUGUGCAUCCUGCUGGUGAUCGCCAUGAGCAGCAUCGCGCUGGCCGCUGAGGACCCCGUGCAGCCAGACUCCCCCCGCAACAUCGUUCUUCGGUACUUUGACUACGUGUUCACUGGCGUCUUCACAUUCGAAAUGUUAAUCAAGAUGGUGGAUCUGGGUCUGGUCCUGCACCAAGGUGCCUAUUUUCGAGACCUCUGGAACAUCUUGGAUUUUAUAGUGGUUAGUGGUGCCCUGGUGGCCUUCGCCUUCACGGGGAGCAGUAAAGGAAAAGACAUCAGCACCAUCAAGUCUCUGCGAGUCCUCAGGGUGCUGAGACCUCUCAAGACCAUCAAGCGAUUGCCCAAGCUCAAGGCGGUGUUUGACUGUGUGGUAAACUCCUUGAAGAAUGUGCUCAAUAUCCUCAUUGUCUACAUGCUCUUCAUGUUCAUCUUCGCUGUGGUGGCGGUGCAGCUCUUCAAGGGACGCUUCUUCUUCUGCACCGACGAGUCCAAGGAGCUGGAGCGCGACUGCAGAGGGGAGUACCUGGUGUACGAGCGACACAACGAGGUGAAGGCACAGAAGCGCGAGUGGAGGAAGUACGAUUUUCACUACGACAACGUGCUGUGGGCUCUGCUGACCCUCUUCACUGUGUCCACAGGAGAGGGCUGGCCACAAGUUCUGAAGCACUCCGUCGAUGCCACGUAUGAGAACCAGGGCCCCAGCCCAGGGUAUCGCAUGGAGAUGUCGAUUUUCUACGUGGUCUAUUUCGUGGUGUUCCCGUUCUUCUUUGUGAACAUUUUCGUGGCCUUGAUCAUCAUUACCUUCCAGGAACAGGGCGACAAGAUGAUGGAGGACUACAGUCUGGAGAAGAACGAGAGAGCUUGCAUCGACUUUGCCAUCAGUGCCAGGCCCCUGACGCGGCACAUGCCUCAAAACAAGCAGAGCUUCCAGUACCGCAUGUGGCAGUUCGUGGUGUCGCCGCCCUUUGAAUACACCAUCAUGGCGAUGAUUGCGCUCAACACCAUCGUGCUCAUGAUGAAGUUCUACGGUGCGACAGACGCCUAUGAGGCAGUGCUAAAGAACCUGAACAUUGUGUUCACGGCACUCUUCUCAAUGGAGUGCGUUCUCAAAAUAAUUGCCUUUGGAAUUCUGAACUAUUUUCGAGACGCAUGGAAUAUUUUUGAUUUUGUCACAGUCAUGGGCAGCGUAACUGAUAUCUUGGUGACGGAGCUAGGGAAUAACUUUAUCAACCUGAGCUUUCUGAGGCUCUUCCGAGCGGCUCGGCUCAUCAAGUUGCUGCGUCAGGGCUACACCAUCCGAAUCCUGCUGUGGACCUUCGUUCAGUCCUUCAAGGCCCUGCCCUAUGUGUGUCUGCUAAUCGCCAUGCUGUUCUUCAUUUAUGCCAUCAUUGGCAUGCAACUGUUUGGGAACAUUGCCAUCGACGAGCAGGAGGAGAGUGCCAUCAACCAGCACAACAACUUCAGGACCUUCUUCCAAGCCUUGAUGCUGCUCUUCAGGAGUGCCACGGGGGAGGCGUGGCAUGACAUCAUGCUGGCCUGCCUGGGAGGGAAGGAGUGUGACGUGCGAUCGGGGACGAAGGAGCCCGAGUGCGGGAGUGUGUUCGCGUACCUCUACUUCGUCUCCUUCAUCUUCCUCUGCUCCUUCCUGAUGUUGAACCUGUUUGUGGCCGUCAUCAUGGACAACUUUGAGUACCUGACCAGGGACUCGUCCAUCCUGGGGCCUCACCACCUGGACGAGUACGUGAGGAUCUGGGCUGAGUACGACCCUGCCGCCUGCGGGCGAAUUCAUUAUAAGGAUAUGUACAGUUUAUUGCGUGUAAUCUCCCCCCCUCUCGGCUUAGGCAAGAAAUGCCCUCAUAGGGUGGCCUGCAAGAGGUUGCUCAGAAUGGAUCUGCCUGUCGCAGAUGACAACACAGUCCAUUUCAACUCCACCCUGAUGGCCUUGAUCAGGACAGCGCUCGACAUCAAAAUAGCUAAGGGAGGGGCAGACAAACACCAGAUGGACGCGGAGCUGCGGAAGGAGAUGAUGGCAAUCUGGCCGAACCUGUCUCAGAAGACACUGGACCUGCUGGUCACUCCGCACAAGGCAACUAGUGACUUGACGGUUGGGAAGAUCUACGCGGCGAUGAUGAUCAUGGAGUAUUACCGGCAGAGCAAAGCCAAAAAGCUUCAGGCUCUCCGGGAGGAGCAGAAUCGAACGCCAUUAAUGUUUCAGCGCAUGGAGCCUCCUUCCCCAACGCAGGAUGGGGGGCAGGGACUCAAUGGCCUGCCAGAUCCUCAGCAGGACCCUGACAGUGUCCCACAGGAGGGGGGGAUGCCGGAGAGCCAGUCCUGGGUGACUGCCAGAGCGCAGGAGAUGUUCCAAAAGGCAGGGAACUGGAGCCCAGAGAGAUACCCUGACGACAUGCAGGACACCCGGCACAACCCCCAGUCGGUAGAGAUGAGAGAGAUGGGGCAGGACGGUUACUCCGACAAUGAGCAAUAUCUUCCUAUAGAAGGGCACGGGAGAGCCACUUCCAUGCCUCGACUUCCUGCAGACAACCAAUAUCUCCCUAGCGGCCGGAGGAGAAAAGGGCGGCCCCGCGGAAAUAACCUCAGUACGAUCACGGACGAGAGCCCCAUGAAGCGCUCCGCCUCCAGCCUGGGACACGGGCGCUCCAAGGGCGUGCGGCUCGACGACUACUCGCUGGAGCGCGUCAUUCCUGAGGAGAACCAGCGGCACCACCGACGCCGAGAGAGGGGCCACCGCACCUCUGAGAGGUCACUGAGCCGCUACACUGACGCAGACACAGGGCUGGGCACGGACCUCAGCACUACCACGCAGUCUGGAGACCUGCCCCCCAAGGAGAAGGACCGGGAGCGUGGCCGGCCGAAAGACCGCAGGCACCACCACCAUCACCACCACCACCACGGCUCCGUAGACAAGGAGCGCUACACCCCCGAGCGGCAGGAAUACGGGGGCCAGCGGACACGGGACAGGCGGUGGUCACGCUCCCCCAGCGAGGGCCGAGACUGCAUGCCUCACAGACAGGGCAGUAGUUCGGUGAGUGGGAGCCCGGUCCCUUCAACGUCCGGCACCAGCACCCCGCGCCGCGGCCGGAGACAGCUCCCGCAGACCCCCGCCACUCCCCGGCCCCACGUCACCUAUUCCCCCGUGGUCCGCAAAGCCAUGAACGCGCCCCCCGGCGGCCCCCACUCGCAGUCCGGCAGGGUCCCCACCCCGGCCCCUCGCCGCUUCUCCCCCCCUCCUCCUGAGCACCUCCACCGCCACCGCUCCCCGCCCCGGAACAGCCAGUCCCCGAGGGCGCACAGGAACGUCCCCGGCAGCCGGUGGUCCACGGCCAGCUCGCACAUGUCUCAGCAGGAGGAGCACGACGCGGACGACGGCUGCUAUUACCAGCGCUCCGGCUCUGAGGAGGAGGACCCGUUGGCCUUCCAGGAGGCGCCCAGCCACUCUCCCAGGACUGCCCGCCGGGGGCACGGCUCACCCCCCGCCUCCCGGCACCCUGCUGGCCCCCCCAGGCGGGUCCCCAACGGGUAUUACUCCUCCUCCUCCCCCCACCACCACCACCAUCAACAGGGACAGCAAGGGAAGCCCCCGCCGCCACCCCAGCAGCAGCAGCAGCUCAGAGGUGCCAGGAAGGGCCUGCAUGAACCCUACAGUGAAACAGACGAGGACGACUGGUGCUAGCCUCACACUUGGGUUGGGGUUUUUUUUGUUUGUUUUUUUUAAACAGAAAAAAACUGAAGAAAAAACAAAUAAGAAAGAGAAAAAAUAAUACACACACAUAUAUAUAUAGAGAGAGAGAGAGAGAGAGAGAGAGAGAGAGAGAGAGAGAGAGAGAAAGAGAGAAAAAUAUAUAUUAUUAAUAAUAACUACAAUUUAAAAAAACAACAACAGAAUAAGAAAUUCUAAAUUUGCCAAGCUAUGAAAAGGAAGAAAGUGGGGGAAGUUUUUUUUUUUUUUUUUUGUUCUGCUACCCUGUUUGGUUUUUUGGAUUGGGGGGAAAAUGGGGUGAGCAGCUGCUGUUUUUGUUGUUGUUUUUUGUGGGGAGAGGGUGUUUUUUUAAGCAUGUAUAUAAAGGGUUAAACUCAGCGUACCUGAAGCACUGAGGGGUCCACUUCAGACCCCCCUCACCCCAAAUAAAAAAUAACCCUUCAGCAAACGUCUAGCUACUAUGCCUCUGAAAGUAAAAAAUACAAAGGAACAACCACUUCUUUCAAACCUGAACUGCUUAAUGAACUUCUUUUAGGGCAAAAAAAAAAAAAAAACAAAUACAAGUUUGCGUAUAUUGAUGAGUUUUAUCAUCUGCGUUUACCUUGUUAUUAAUAAUGAUGCUAUCUUGAAGAUUGGUAUUGUGACUGAGUGAGCCACUAACUCGGGAGUGUGUCUGUGUGUCUGUGUGUGUGUGUGUGUGUGUGUGUGUGUGGGAAUCGAGGACUCACACGCAACAACACCGAGACACUUUGUGGAGUUCACAUUCAAAAACCCUUUCUACUGUUGCCUGCUACGACGAGGAACUGGGAAAGAAAAGUUAAAAAAACAAACAGUAUUUCAUAGUUUUUCUUCUACUUCUUCCUCUUCUUCAAAACAUUUGCCCGCUUGAUAAUUCUGUUGCACCCUUUCAGUAUUGUUUGAACUUUUAGAGUAAAUUACAGUGGAAUCCUGCAUGAAGAAACAAGAAAAUUCUGUGAGGGGAAAAUGAACUGCUUAUCUCUGCCGAAGUUCUCUUUCUCUGCUCGGAAAGACUGAAGAUGUUAUUUUAUUUAUGUAUUUUUUUGUUAUUGUCCCGCUGGAGGCAUGCAAGCAGAGAGACAUUUACAGUAGAUCGUGAGAUAGUGACUGGAGCCCCUUCUUAUUUAAAUCCAUCUUUCAUGAUCUAUUUUAUUUGGAAAUGUGCAUGAUAAAGUUAUUUCAUUUUCUGAAGAGGGUCCCAAACUGCAUCCAAGAAAACAGGCCCUUUCCUAAAUGAACUCUUUUAUAUAUUUUUAUGAAUACAAUACAGAUUCAAGAGCAGAGGAUUCCAGUUUUGGAGGGGAAUAUUAAUAUUUAUCGAUAUUAACAAAACAAACAUAACCAAAAGCUUCACAAUUUCCCUGCUGGAUAAAGAGAACUUCUUCAAAUUUAGAAUACAAAAAAAAAAAAGAAAUCUGUGUAGAUUUAUCUAUUUUUUUUUAACCACACUUUGAAAUGAAGCUGUCUGUCCAUUUUAUUAUAUUUUCUUUAUGUAAUAGGCUGAUCAUAUCAAGAAUGGAAUGUAUCCCUUGUGCUGUCGAUUGUGUUGCGGGUUUCAUAUGCUGUCUGGCAGCUCAGUGUGAGAAGCGCAUUGUGGAACUGUGGGGUGUUUGCUCAGGGCAGUCUAGUUUCAGCGAUGAAGCUUCAUUGCCCUGUAGAGUCGGGGUAGGGGGUCAACACCUUUUUAUUUUGUAAGAAAAACAAAAACAAACUACCCAACAAAUCUUGUAUUGUAUUCUAGAUUAUUUCUGUCAUGGCGAUUGACUAUAUCUCCACAAUGCUCUGCUACACUGGGCAUGCUUGGGUAAUAUCAUAAACCCCCAUUGUGUAUUACACCUCUGUGUCUGUCUGUCUGGCUGGCUGUCUGUCUCCCUUCCUCCCUCCAUUCAGAGAGCACACUCAGCACUUGCGUUCCCAGAGGUAAGAGUAAGGAUUUACUGUAAGGAGGCAGGUUUGAGGUCCUCAGCAUCUCGCUGGACUGGUCUGAAUGCACAGGGUUUGUUCAAGCAUGAAACCUGAAGUAUUAAACCACACAUGCACGCAGAAACCCCCAAAACAGUCUGAGAUAAGACCACUGCCGUCCCUGAUUUUCACAGCACUCUGUUAGUACACUGUCACACAUUCACAAAGAUGCUAAAAUCUUUAUUGUUAAUAUGCAAGUAUUGCUCCUUAGUUAUGACGUAUUACCCUAUAAUAAAGAGUUUGUUAAAACACCAGGCCAAAUGCACGCACGCAGAGGCACUGGAUGCUUUGUGUUGACAUGCUUUUGAAGUAAUUCAAUAGGAAAUGAAAGUCAGUGAAGCGAUCGUUUAUUGGAUUUCUUGACAGUGAGGGGUCUCUUCUGCUGAAGUGCUUUGUCGUGCAAAACUCUGAAUGCUGGGGAGGUGGGGGGGGCGAGCAGAGGCUACAAAAGUCUUGUUUUAGGAGUGGGUGGGGGUUGCACUUGUCUUUCUGUUUGUCUUAAAAAUGGCAGUGUCUGCAAAGAGCGAACUUCUGAAAUUCUGAAUUCCAGUGCCAAAAGAUCAGAGGUGCACCAGAAAACAAAAAAUAAGGCUUCAAACACAAAAGUUUAAUUCUUAACUCAGCCCAUUCCUGCUGGUGCCAGAGUGUGCCAGGGCCCAUAGAACAGAAGAGGUGUUAAUGAAAUGGACACCAUUGUGGUUUGGAUGAAAGGCCAGUACUGAGUAUUAAUAAUCUGAGAGACGGGGAAUCUAUACUCCCAGUUCCGUAACCUGCUUGGUUUUAUAAACCAUGGAGAGUGCUAUUCCAACUUCUGUUCUGUGUCACCCCCCACCCCCUUUCCCUUGUGCAUUAAAGCAUAGAGGGUUAGAAACAGCCCUCUUGUGGCUCCCAUAAAAUCGGCAUUGUGUUGUAGCCUAUAAGGAAGCUGCAGCCAACCAGGUGAACAGAGGAAUGUGAUUUCAUAAAUCGGCUCUACAGCCCCUGCUACUAUUAGAUCUGCCUCAGACAAACCAGUUUCUCCUGUAGCCAAGUGCCAUUUAACAUCUUGGUUCUGAGGUGAGAAAAGUACUUGAUUAUUAUUACUAUUAUUACUAGAAUUAAUUAUUAUUAUCACGAUGGGUUCAGUUUAUUCUUUAAAAUAUUCUAUAUUAUUAAAAACAUAUCAGCAUGAACAAAAAAAACAUGAUUUGGAACUGAGUUAUAAAAGUGCAUUUGUUUGCUCUGUUUGUUACAACGGCCAUGCGUUACUUUAACCUGGAUGUCUAUUAUACAACGUCUCGAGACGUCUGCAUUGCCAUGAUGAUAUUGCGUUGUGUGUCCGAGAACUUGUCUAUAACACGGCCUCCCUGAGACAGUUCUGCCUUGGAUAAGGAGGGAGAAACCUCGCGGGCGUCUAUACUGUAGCGAUAAAACGGUACUAUCUGUCUAACUGCAGACAGAUCCUCUGUUUCAAAAAGGGCUUUAUUAGAACAUUCUGAAUUCUGCUGCCAAAAUAGUCAUGCAUCCUGUUACAUAAUCCAAUGCCAAAAAUGUUCAGUACCCCUCGCAGUAUACACUCUCUAUUGCUUGGUAAAGUCACGGUCUGGGCGAGGUGUAGUUAAACAUGCCUGUCUGCCUCGUUUCCACUGCCUGUCCCAGGUAUAGCUGAGCUGGCCGCUCUGGGCGAGGUGUAGCUGGAGGGUGUUUCCACUGCCUGUCCCAGGUAUAGCUGAGCUGGCCGCUCUGGGUGAGGUGUAGCUGGAGGGUGUUUCACCCAGACCGGCCAGCUCAGCUAUACCUGGGACAGGCAGUGAACCAGAGGCAGGGGUGUGUCUGUCUCCCUUGUGAGCCGGUUCCAUUCUCCCGCGCCCCUCACUCCAUUCUGCGCUGUCCUUUAAACCGCUUCAUGUAUUCUGCUUCAUACAUAACCCUUCUUUUCUCCCUUGUGGGCAUGUUUGUUUGCUUUUUUUUCUGUGAAUUCCCAUAUCUUGAAAUCAAGUUCACAGCAUUUGGCGCCUACUCCAGGUCUAGCAUUCAAAGAUGUUUCUCACACACAAACACACACAUAGUUAUUUAUAUGUAUGCUUUUAACACAUUUAAAACCAAUUUAAAAAGCAUUGACUUAAACCAGCAAGGACCCCACAAUGUGGUUUUAAGAGGCACACACUGACACACAACAGGGCGGCAGAACCAUUCAUGUGUGAGUUUUGGCAGAGAUUACAGAAUUUUAAUAUAUAUGUGUUCAGAUAUGUAGCCACUAUAGCCACUAGAGGUCUCCCAUUGCCAGUGAAUAGAAGGUGCAACAGGUCAGCUGUCUGACACUAGUUAAUGGGCAAUAUAUAUAUAUAUAUAUAUGCUCAAAUUCUCCAGACUGCCAAUCAAUCUUUUUUUUUUUUUAACAGAUCGAGUUCUCAUGUACAAUAGUGACCUUAGUCUCACAGUCAAAAAUUGUUUGUUUCUUUGUAGCUGUCUUUUGGUUUUUCAAUUGACAACAUAUAAGAUAAAUAUGAGAAUAAAGAUGGUCACAGUCCCAAAAGAAUACUCUCUAUGAUUUUUAAUAAGAUUAAAUGAUCCUUUGUGACAAUUCUGUUUAAUGGCAAAUCUUAAAACUAGACAAGGAGUCAUGCAUACCCUCUGUAUCGGGAUACCUAUUAUGUGAGUGAAGUAUCACUAAUCGGUUCAUCAGAUUUAAUCUUUCAGUAGCCGACCCAAGGCGCUAGACACUGACAAUGUAACCCUGUGGCUUCUGUGUUGUACUGCCUCUAGUAAGACUCACCCCCACCCCACCUCUGCAGGAAUGGUAAAUAAAUCCCCAUUACAUCCCCACUGCAUAUCUGUUUGAGCUGUUCCAGGUUUUAAUGUGAACCAAACAGCCAAAUAAGAGACGCCUGAGUGUAUUUAACCCUUUCUCUUCCAGUCUUUAUAUGGAGACAUAUGGAACAUGCAAAUGCAUGAUGACCUCAAAAAUGGGAAACAAAUGUCAAUGAAAAAACAUAUUUAUCAUGUGUCCAAAAAUACUUCAAAUGUUUUUUGUCAGCUCUUUUCAAUAAUGAAUGCAUGAAAGGGUUAAUACAUGACACCAUUGUGUUUGCACAGCCUGGUCUCCCCUGGGCAGUAGCAGCCCCCAUUCGCACAUUUCAUAAGCGCACUAACAAACAACAUCAAGUUUUGUUUAUUAUUUCCAAUCUGAAGUGUCGCGUCACAGCUGUAACCCCCUGUACUGUUCAGGAGGCCUAAAGAGCAAACAAAUCAACAGACCCCGGCAGGUGAGGCCCAGCGCGGCUAGUCUCUGACCAGGAGGGGCCACUGAGGUGAAACUGGGCCAGAGCAAUUAUCCUCCCUUUUGGACCCCCUGACAAGCGUGUGAACUUGGUGUGAAGGGGAUCAGAACCCCGCUUGCAUGACACGCCUCGCACUCAACAGACCGCUCAGUGAAACUGCAGGGUUAGAAACUCACACUAGCCCAGCACCUAGUCCUGGGUUUCAGAACUACCAUACAUUAAGUAUAUUAUUGAAAUGAUUCAGUAGCCAGGAGUUUGAGCAACCCCUGUUAAACAUAUUGCUCCUUCCCUUAUAGCUGCAUGAACAACUCCUGAUAGUCAACCUACAGACACAGGUGAGACUUAUUCAAGUGUGAUCAGUUAAUUCAGAGUACUUUCAGCAGGGGCCUGAUUGUGCAAAUUCCUGGGCAGCUGGUCAUUUCAAUAAUUCAAAUAGUUCUGAAACCCAGGACUGGGUGCAGGGCUUGUGUAAGUUUCCAGCCCUAAAACUGGGAUUUCAGGUAACAGGUGGAUGCAGUAAGAUUUUAAAGGUAAGUGGUUCCUGCCGGCAUAGUGGGGCUCAGAUUAAAACCUGGAAUGAUUCAAAGCAAUGCAAAGGGAGUCCGCUCUUCAGCAGAACUAAAUCGGCUCUCUCUUCCCUCUCUGUCUGGAUUGAUGCCUUACUAUUGUAAACAGCCAAGUGAUUUGGUUUAAACUAACUACAGAUUAGACUGUCUCUGGCGGCAUGUGAAUUCUAUUGAAUUUCUUUAUCUAAAUGUAUUAUACAGCGCUGUUUUAAUAGGGACUGCAGCACUACUAGCAGUCCCCAGAUUGUAACUGCCGCUUCUCAAAGUUGCUGCGCUGGCAGCUUUGUUUAGCAGUAGUACCAUCAGGGCUAGUGCUCAGAAUGUAUUCAGCAGCCUCCAGUUGCUCUGCAAACCUUUGAUUGUUUUUGGCACAUUUGGUAUAUUUACCAUGCUCUAAACCUCCUCCUGCCCGCUUUAGGUUCGGUUUCACCCUGAAAUCAAAUGGGACAGUUCCAUGGUUUUUGUUUUUCUAAUCCAGACUGAUUUGCUUUGCCAGUUUGUUGUUUUCACUGUUAAUGAUUUGUACGACAUGCUGAUGAAUGCGUUCUGAUGUUAUGUGUUCUAAUACAGUACAAUGUGGGAGUGCCAGGAUUGCCUUGUCCUGCCCUGGCCACAUCUCUCAAUGUGCUUACCUGCUCUCAUCAUGAGGGAGCCAAGCCAAUGACUGUCCAGCUCUUGCAUCGUACUGCCCUCCCAGCCAGGCCCCUACUCUCAAACCCAAACCUAAAAAUACAAAAUACAAAAAUAAAACCAAUAAGAAUACAUAAAUACUAAAGAAAGGUUUAUAAAACAGUUGCAAAUCCCGGUAUAGAGGAAACAAGAGCAUGUCAGCAAUAAAUAAUAUCAUGGCAGCUGUAAAUGCUAGAAACAGUAAAAAAAAAAAAAAAAAAAAAAAAAUCUGUUACCACAAUAACAUGGCAAAAACAAAUCUCCUUUUAAAAACAAACACAUGUAUACACACGACAUCUCUCUUCUUUCUCAGCAGUUUAAACUGGCUGCCACUGCCAGACCGAGGGUGACUGCACAAGAUCAGAAUUAAGACAAACGUUUAUUACAAUGAGGAUCUAUAUCUUGGCCUCCUGGUCUAAGAAUUGGCUUGUGUUCCCUUCUGUGUGCUGUCCCAUGCUAGCCCCUCGUGGGGGUUUAGAGCAUCUGUGGGAGAAACUGUUCAGCGGGGUCUCAGAGGGCUGGAGACUGUUUUUCAAUUUCAUUAAUCUGCCAAGCCAGUAUAAACAAAAACACAUUCAGAGUGUCUUUAAAGUGUAUCAAGUUGCUGUACCAAGCAGCACUAAAAUGAACUCCUGAUGCAUGAGGAAAUGCUUUGCUCUGCCUUUGCAAAACGUCCACCCUAACCCUGGAGUUUGUAACCAACCGAUCCACGCAAAAGCAACAGAGCACACCUUCUGGUCUUUUAUCAGGUUACAACAUCCGUUACAUGUAUAUGAAAGCAAUGUAUUACACUAGCAUCACAUCAUCAUUAAUAAUACUGAUGUCCCCCUCUCCAGUCCAGCAAUCCUUGAAAAACAGUCUUUAGUCGAGUUUGACAAUGCUGUGCACAUUUAAAAUUAUAUACAAAAAUGGAAACAGUUGCACGAGAUGUAAAGCUACAGUUGUUUUUUAAGAGGCCUCUGUAUUAUUUGGUUAGUAUUUAUUUAUUUAUGUAUGUAUUUUUGGGGGGGCUAUUCUUCAGUUUCAGAACAAUGGCAGUUGUCCGUGUGCGAGGACUUCAGAAUGUCUCUUCACCGUCCAGUCGACAGUUUUCUUGCUGGCCUGGAACAUGCAGAUUUUUACAUUUAAAAAAAAAUAAAAAAUAAAAAUAAAAAAGUAGGAGCCGUCAUGGAAUUAAAAAAAAUAAAAAUACAGAAAAGUAUUUACUUACAAACUGCAUGUGCAAUGUGCAUGCCACUAUAUGGGUUAUAAUGUCAUCAGGAAAAGAAAAAAAUAUAUAUAGAUGUUUUUAAGGCAAUGUGUUUCUUUUUUUUCUUCUAUUUAAAACAAAAAAAACCUUUGGUAAAUUAAUGGAAGUUUGUUUGAGAUAUUUAUAUACAUAACUGUUAUUGAAAUGGUUCAAACUACAAGAUGUCAACAAGUUUCAAAACACUACAAAAUAAACCCUAAUGUGAAGUUGGAACGGAGAUGCCUGAUUCUGAUGUACCGAUACUCUGGCUACGACUUCUCUAUCGCUCUGCUGUUUCUACCAGUGCAUUUUGUAAUCCCAAACAGAAUCUUCCUAAGAAACCUGAAUAAAAUCCGAGAGUAUGCACAUG